AUGUUUGUCCUCUCGCCAGCGCGUGAGCGUGGGUCUGCUGCAACUUCUGAGACUCCAAAUUCAGCCAUCUCCAGAGAGGCCAGCACCCAGUCAUCCUCAGCUGCCACCAGCCAAGGCUAUGUUUUACCAGAAGGCAAAGUCAUGCCAAACACUGUUUUUGUUGGAGGAAUUGAUGUUAGGAUGGACGAAACUGAAAUCAGGGGUUUCUUUGCUAGAUUUGGCUCAGUAAAGGAAGUGAAGAUAAUCACUGAUAGAACUGGUGUAUCCAAAGGCUAUGGAUUUGUGUCAUUUUACAAUGACGUGGAUGUGCAGAAGAUAGUAGAAUCACAGAUAAAUUUCCAUGGUAAAAAGCUGAAACUGGGUCCUGCAAUCAGGAAACAAAAUUUAUGUGCUUAUCAUGUGCAGCCACGUCCUUUGAUUUUUAAUCCUCCUCCACCACCAUUUCAGAGUGUUUGGAGUAGCCCAAACACUGAAAAUUAUGUACAGCCUCCAACCAUGAUGAAUCAUCCCAUUACUCAGUAUGUUCAGGCAUAUCCUCCUUACCAAAGUUCACCAGUUCAGGUGAUCACUGGAUACCAGCUGCCUGUUUAUAAUUAUCAGAUGGCACCGCAGUGGCCUGCUGGGGAACAAAGAAGUUAUUUUAUACCUCCGACUUAUGCAGCUGUUAACUACCCCUCUAAUGAAGUUGAUCCAGGAGUUGAAGUUUUGCCAAAUGAUUGCUUGACGCAUGAAGCUACUCCAGCCUCUGGAAAUGGCCCACAAAAGAAAUCUGUGGACCGAAGCAUACAGACGGUGGUGUCCUGUCUGUUCAACCCAGAAAACAGAGUGAGAAACUCUCUUGUUGCUCAGGAUGAGUACUUCAAGGAUAAAAGAGUGCAUCACUUUAGAAGAAGCCGGGCAGUGCUUAAAUCUGUGUGAUCCUCUGCUAACUUUCUAGUCUCAAGAGAAGUUGCUGGUUCUGAAUACUAAGAAGAA